AUGCACGUGAUUUCAGUCAGAAGCGGAGAUCGUAGAAAAUAUGUGCACAUGCAUCAUUAUUCUGGAUGGACGCACGGGAAGCAGCCAGUUCGACUUUUGGACUUGUGGCAAAUACAAUCAGUGUUCAGCAACACGCCCAGCAGCAGUCGUGCCGGAGAAUCUAUGGAUAGGUUGGCCCACUGGUAUAACGAUGCGCCGUUGUUGCGGGCUGAAAGCAUUAGGAUCGGCACACGAGCGUCUCAUUUCGACAAUUUCCAGCGGCUCGUCAUUGCCGAUUGCAUAUGUCGUGCUCGGCAGGGUCGAAUGCACGCAGUGCAGCGGGCCAUACAGUUGCAGACAAUCCAUGCAGCCAUGAUGGAACACAUAAUGUCAACUAGAGUCUCCGCGCAACUGCCAACGAAGACCACCCAAAAAUACGAGGAAUUUAUGGAUCGCUUCAACAAAUGUGCUGAGGCGCAAGAAGAUCUCCAAUGA